AUGUCCAAAAGCCGAUUCAAGGUGAACCUUUCCUAUACACAACCACUUCCCAAAGCAGUGUGUAUAAUUCUUGGUGACUUGGUUGUUGGCCUAGAUGGAACAAAAAAAGGAGCACAUUUUGGUCAUGCAGGAGUGUUGUUUCCGGGUUGCUCAUUUACUGAUAAAAGAAGAACAAGAAGACAGCUUCUGCGGUGCACCUACAUUGGGUAUUGCAAGGCAGCAGCCUACAUCUAUUUCUUGCAGUCCAUGCAAAGGAUAUGUGAUGGUUCAACCGACAAUAAGACUGAACCAAUAUGUGGAAGGCCUCUAGGUUUGAAGCUCAACCCAAAAACUUGUGAACUCUAUAUUGCAGAUGCCUACUUCGGUCUCUUAAAGAUAGGUCGCAACGGUGGUCAUCUUCAACGACUUGCCACUUCCCUGAAUGGAGUCCCUUUCCGUUUUCUGAAUGCUCUGGACAUUGAUACUCAAACUGGAAUUCUUUAUUUUACAGACACCAGCACAGUUUACCAAAGAAGGUUGUGGCCUUUGUCAUUCGUAACCGGUGACAAAACCGGAAGGUUAUUGCAUUACGAUCCUCGUAGAAAGAAGGUGUCUGUGCUGCUCAAUAACUUGGCUUUUGCAGACGGUGUGGCUCUAAGCAAGGACAGAUCUUUUCUCCUAGUAGCCGAAACUGCUACGUUCAAAAUCUUCAAGUUUUGGCUUCGAGGACCCAAAGCUGGUGAUAAACAACUCUUCACUUAA